UUCAGGGUCUGUUCUCCGGGCUCCGCUUCUUGCCACCAGUGUCUUGCGUCGUGACAUGCGGGCAGGCGGUUCCGUGCUGCGCUUCUCAUCAGGGCUAUCGGGCACCGGAGCGGCAGGGCGGUCGGUGGUGUCCCCAUCCCUGGAGGUUGGCUUCCAGCAUCAGAAGAAGGAGCUCACAGCAUUUUGACUGCAGUGCUCAGCUUCCAGACCUUGUUGUUCACAGCUUGGAGGAACAUGAAGCCAAUUGGAAAAGUGCUUUGUGCUACAGGGCUCCUAGUUGGGCUCCUAGCUUACUACUGGCAAGACCCUUUUAACCCAGAGAGCUUGGCUGGUGCUCGUGUCCUGCUGACUGGAGCCAGUGCUGGAAUUGGAGAGCAGAUGGCUUAUCAUUAUGCCAGAUUUGGGGCUGAACUUGUCCUGACUGCUAGGAGGGAAGCUGUGCUGCAGAAGGUGAUGGAGAAAUGCCUGGCACUUGGAGCAAAGAAAGUGUUCUUGAUCCCUGCAGAUAUGUCUUCCCCUUCAGAGCCUGAGAAGGUGGUGGAGUUUGCUGUCCAAAAGCUGGGGGGGCUGGAUUACCUGGUGCUGAACCACAUCGGUGCCAACCGCUUCCAGAUGUGGGCUGGAGAUGUGGAAUUCACUCGCUGGCUGAUGCAGGUGAAUUUCUUCAGUUAUGUGGCACUUGCAACAGCAGCUCUUCCCACCCUGGAGAAGAGUAAUGGCUCUCUGGUGGUUGUUUCUUCCCUUGCAGGGAAAAUUGCCACUCCCUUCACCACUUCUUACUCUGCCACCAAGUUUGCCCUGGAUGGAUUCUUCAGCUCGCUGCGCCACGAGCUCAUGAUGCAGAAGAAAAAUGUCUCUGUCACACUCUGCAUCCUGGGCCUGAUUGACACUGAAUCAGCAAUGGAGAGCACCAGGGGCAAAGUGCACAUCCCUGCAUCUCCUGCCUCUGAAGCUGCUCUCGCCAUCAUCUCUGGGGGUGCCACACGUGUGCAGCAGGUUUUCUACCCCUGGAAGCUGCAGCAAGUCUACUACCUCUGGGUCCUGGCUCCCAGUAACCAGGUUCUGCAGAGCUACUACAACUACAGCAGCACCUAAGGGCUGCCCAAGUCUGUCUCCUUUCUCAUCACAUUUCCCCCAUCCCAGCCAACCAUCAGAACCAAGCAGGAGGGUAGCAGUGGUGGCAAAGUAACCUCAGCAGCUCUUCCUAAGACAUUUUGGUCUCCCUCUUAUGCUGCUCCAGCGCCAGCUCUGAC